AUGCCGUUCGUUUCGAAGAUUCGAAGGCAGACUGAUUACAAUAGCUUCCCUUCUUCGAUUCCCAUUGUCAUCGAUAAUGGCGCCUCCUACUUCCGUAUCGGGUGGGCAGGAGAAACUGAGCCUCGUGUUGUUUUCCGCAAUAUCGUGCAAAGACCUCGCCACAAAGCUACAGGUGAAACUGUUACUAUUGUUGGCGACCAGGAUCCUGCGUUGAUGAAGUACUUUGAUUGCACUCGCUCAGGACCACGUUCUGCUUUUGACAGCAACGUGGUUUAUCAAUUCGAGCUCAUGGAAUAUAUUCUUGAUUUCGCCUUUGAUCGUUUGGGGGCUAAUGGAUCAGUGAUCAAUCAUCCAAUCCUCAUAACAGAAUGUGUUUGCAACCCAGUUCAAUCUCGUAGCAAAAUGGCAGAACUGCUAUUUGAGACGUAUGGAGUGCCUGCAGUUGCAUUUGGAGUGGAUGCUGCUUUCAGCUACAAGUACAAUCAACUACAUGGAAUAUGUAAAAAAGAUGGAAUCGUUCUCUGUCCUGGCUUCACUACCGCACACGCAAUUCCGUUUGUCGACGGAGAACCUGUUUAUAAAGGAUCCUGCCGAACUAACAUUGGUGGAUACCAUGUCACUGAAUAUUUAAAGCAGCUUCUGUCACUUAAGUACCCUUUUCACUCGUCUAGGUUUACAUGGGAAAAGGCUGAAGAAUUGAAACUGGAACACUGUUAUAUUGCUCCUGACUAUGCUAUUGAAGUUCGGAAAUUCAAGGAAGGAACAAAAGAAGCCGAAGAGAAAACAAGGUAUUGGCAGCUUCCAUGGAUACCUCCUCCCGUCGAAAUUCCUCCAUCAGAAGAAGAGAUUGCGAGGAAAGCUGCUAUAAGAGAAAAGCAAGGUCAAAGGCUGCGGGAAAUGGCUGAAGCAAAGAGAUCAUCCAAGAUAAACGAAAUGGAAAACGAAUUGCAGAGCUUGCGUUUCCUUGUGAAACAGCUUGACAAGGUUGAAGAGGAUGAUAUUCCAUCCUUUUUGUCAGACACCGGUUACGCUUCCAGGCAAGAGCUAGAAUCUACUGUUUCGAAAGUGACACAGUCGCUUAGAAAAGCAAGAGGUGAGCCGAAGGAAGAGCCAGACGAGAGUGAAGAGAACGCUGAAUCUCUUGCUGAAAAGUAUCCUCUUAUGAAUGUCCCCGACAAUAUGCUUACUCCUGAGCAGCUUAAAGACAAGAGGAGGCAGGUAUUUCUUAAAACAACAACAGAGGGCCGGUUACGAGCUAGACAAAAGCGUAAUGAGGAGGAACUGGAAAAAGAGAGAAGAAAUCAAUUAGAGGAGGAGAGACGUCGUGAGAACCCAGAGUUCUAUUUAGAGGAGAUGCGAGCUCAGUACAAGGAAGUGUUGGAGAGAGUUGAGCAAAAGAAGCGUCUGAAAACAAACGGGUCGAGUACAAACGGGAACAACAAGUCUGGAGGUGGUGUUGGGCGAGGCGAGCGAUUAAGCGCUGCACAGAGAGAAAGAAUGCGUCUGCUGACAACAGCAGCCUUCGAUAGAGGCAAAGGCGAGGACACGUUUGGUUCCAGAGACGAAGAUUGGCAGCUUUACAAACUCAUGAGCAAGGAUCACGACGAAGACGACGAACGACCUGAUUCAGACGAGGCUAUGUUGGCUCGUCUAUCAUCCAGGCUUCAGGAAAUUGACCCAACAUUCGUGCUGAAAGCAGAAGGAGAGUCUGGUCAGGCUUCAGGGGAGGUUCCACGUGCACGUCCCUUAACAGAGGAAGACUACAAGAUAGUGAUUGGUAUCGAAAGAUUUCGUUGUCCUGAGAUCCUGUUCCAUCCAAACCUCGUUGGCAUUGACCAAUUGGGGUUAGACGAGAUGGGCGGUGCAUCGAUCAGGAGGCUACCGCACGGUGAUGAUAAAGAGUUAGAGGAGAGGCUAACGAGCUCGAUACUGAUGACUGGUGGUUGCAGCCUUGUCCCUGGGAUGAAAGAGCGGUUGGAAAGCGGGAUUAGGAUGAUAAGACCGUGUGGAUCAACCAUACAUGUGGUUCGAGCUAUGGACCCUGUGCUUGACGCGUGGCGUGGAGCUUCUGCGUUUGCUGCUGAUUUGAACUUCCUGAGGAAUGCAUUUACCAAGAUGGACUACUACGAGAAAGGUGAAGAUUGGCUUCGAAAAUACCAAAUUCGAUUCAACAAUUUGUGA